AUCCACCAGUAAUCACAGACGUAAAGAACAUGCCCGCCCAGCUGGGAAAAACUGCAAUCUUACGCUGUGAAGCUAUGGCGGUGCCCACCGCGUCCUUCGAAUGGUACCGGGAUGACCGAAGGCCGGUAGAGAGCGAUAACACGCUGAAGAUUAAAAACGAGAAAACACGUUCCCUGCUGCUCUUCACCAACGUCACAGAAAAACACUUUGGCAACUACACCUGUUUCGCCUCCAACCGCCUCGGGGCUUCCAAUGCCAACAUGCUACUCUUCA